AGCCACUCCCAAUGAAAACUACACAAUUUCUUUGAUGAAAAUCAAAUUUUGAACUCGUUCUAUUUUUGUGUGGUAGGCUGGUACAAGAUCUUCGCCACCUCGACAACUUAGAAUUGUAUACACUCAUAUGAUAGUAACUUUAACAGUGUAAUUGUUGAGAGCAUCUGGUCAACAAAAACUGGGUAACCUGUAUUUAAGAGUUUUGUAUUUUGAUCGGAUAGAAUCGAAGGCGUUGACAAAAUGUUUUCCAUCGGUUCUGACAGCAUGCAACAUGGACACGACUCCAUGAUGUCCCUAUCCCCUUCAAGUCCUGGCCAGCAUGCUCCCAGUCACUCGUCGCCGUUCUUGCCCGGUUAUCUCCUAGGGGACCACCCCUCUCAUCACCAUGCAGUGUCCAGUCCACGUCUGUGGUCAUCUGGUAGCAGUCAGAGCCCGGGACCCAAGUCAUCGGCCGUCCACUUCACACCGUCUGGUCCUGGCCUCGUCAGACGUGACUCCACUCGCAAAGUCGGUGGCCCUCCAGUGAAGAGCCUCUACUCCAGUUCUGCAGCCGAUACCAGUGUUCAGGGGGGCUUUGCUGUCCAUGGACAUUCCCAGUCAUCUCCUGCCCUGAGAAAUCUGUCUGUAUCAUCUCCUGCCCCGCCCACGACAGGUCUGUUCCAGAUGCCCGGUGGUUCCCGUGGCGACACAAGCGUGUCUGGUCUGGGUGUGCCCCAGACGAUGCCGUUGUCCCCAGCGCAGGCGGAUCCUUUCUACACACAGGGAGAUUUGAAAUCGGAUGACCAGCUGGAUGAGACAUGGGUCACUGUCUUUGGAUUCCCGCCUGGUGCUACGUCUUUCAUUCUACAACAGUUUUCCCAGUACGGAACGGUGCUCAAACAUGUGGUGGCCUCGGAAUGCAACUGGAUGCACCUCCACUAUCUGUCCAAGAUUCAGGCCAAGAAGGCUUUGAGCAAAGAUGGAAAAGUCUUCGGCGGCUGCAUGAAGAUUGGAGUCACACCGUGCAUCGAGAAGAGCGUGAUGGAGGAGAAGGAGAACAGCUACAUGUCGAGGUCGCUGGCCGUCGAGGACUCGAUCCACUCCCCCGGCGAACUCAACUCAAGCAAACUGACCCCGAUACGACCUCUGACCGCUGCCUACGUGGCCUCCAGGGGAGAGUAUGAGGUACUGAGAGACAAGCAGACGCCCAAGAGAGAUGCCGGCCUGGUCUCUAAGUUCAAGGAGUACAUGUUUGGCUACUGACCCCUGAACUCUGACCUCUGUGUCUUGUAAAUAGCAAUGGCAUCUUUAUAUGUUGUGGUCGGGGGGAGAGAAAUGUGAGCUGAAGUCAGUACUGUAUAUACUCGCCGACUUAUCGCACGAUAACAUGACCUGGCCUUUUAUAAAAUGAGGUUGGGGGGCGGGGGUGGUUGAAAGGC